AGGCUGGUGUGCCUGUACUUGGCAUGCAAAAUCGAGGAGUCCCGCAAAACCAUUGCCAAUUUUCUGAAACCCGUGGCCAAAGAUCAAGACAAACUGAAAGAUUACAUUUUGGAUAUGGAAUUGGUAUUGGCCGAGUUGCUGUCGUUUCAUCUGGCGCUGCACCACCCGUUCCAUGCCAUCGAAGGCUUCUGCAUAGAGCUGAUCACACCUACUGACGACGAUUUGUCCGUAAUUAAUUCCACGACCCAGAACAAUGUGUAUCGCGAAGCAAUGAUUCUGGCGAAGUUAUCGGUAACCAGCGAUGUGUGCUUGCUGUAUGCGCCGUCUGUAGUAGCCAUGAGCUGUGUGUACAGUGCCACUGAGAAAGAGGGGGCCCUGGACGUUAUUGAAAGCAAUUUCAAAGCCAAGUUCGGGUUUGAUGAGAGGAUGGCGCAGACAUGCCGAAAAAUCGUCGAUAUGAUCAACAGUAAAGCACAGUUUGAUCCGAAAGUGAUGAAACGGGUGAUGAAACGACAGAACGGCCUCAGGAAAUAUGUCAUGGACACCGCCAGCCAAGAAUACCGCACCAAGGUGGAGUGGAUGGGUGAGAUGUUAGCCAGCAAGCAACAGACUGCGAGUGCCAACGAGGGAGGGUCGUGAGACUGCGUUUGGCUGUCGUGGAAUGGAGUAUUGGGUCCAAUGGAAGCACACGGGGAAGGCGUACGACAAAUGUCGGAGAUGGUGUUGUAAGCAAGCUGACACUCAGGGUCAGGUAUGCCCAGGAUGAAGUGUCAAGUGCAUGUCGCACUGUCGAGCACGAUAUGUACUGGAUCGUGAGAUGCUAGCACGCAGACAAACACACGGCAACGGUGCACGAGGGCAGGUAGAUAUAGAACCACGCGUAUUAUCAGAAGCGCACAUGGGGAUGGUAUCGGACACGACAGGUCUGGUGUGUCAAGAAGUCCAACACAGUGUCGGAUAUGCCUAGGACAAAUUCCCGAGAGAAUGGUACGCUAUAACGUAAAGUGUGGCGCGGGAGUAGAUGUGAGCACAUAUGACAACAGCCGGCGAGCGCGAACGAGGGAGGGCUGUGAGAUUGGGUUUGAUAUGUCGUGGAGUUAUAUAUAUAUAUAUAUAUAUAUAUAUGAUAUGAUGUCGAGAGAGUGUUCAAUUUAGAAGGCUAUGUGAGAGUCAGGUUACUGUAGAGCAAGGCGGAGUGGAUCAGUGAGAUGGUAGCCCACAAACAACAGUCCGCUAGUACAGACCAGGGAUGGUCGUAUACUUAAGGUGUGGUGCAGUGGAAUGUAUGAGUCUGGGUUCUGAGAGAACACAAGAGCAUCCAAAAAAAAUAUCAGCAGCCGUGCCGAGAAAUCCGAUAAAGAGUGUCUGAUUGAUCUGGGACGCACUAUUGGGGAAUUUGUACGCUAUUGGGGCCCAACUGGGGCGAGCAAGCAGUUGCUGCAUAGCUGCCAUACCAGUGUGCAUGUACCUCUAUGACUAACUGACCAUACUUGUCAAAUGGAUCAUAUGUACAGCUGCAAUAUCAUGGUUCUCUGAUACUAUGCCGACGUUAAGACAACUACAUACUACCCGCGUCCAAAAACAUGCACUCACAAGAAGCUGCAUUCCACUUUCAGUCCAACCGUGUACACUAGCAAACAGCUAACAUAAGUAUAAAGGCACAAUGUGCGCAAGUGGGCCUAAAACCGGG